UGGCAGUAUCCAAGUUUUUCCGAGAGGAGCCAGAAUUUAUGAAAAAACCAAGGGAAGAAAACAAAGGCAGGUAAGAGUAACGUGUAAGGUUGGCAAGACAUUCAUUAUUCACUCAUGGACGACUCCAUCAUAGUUGUUUCACAUACUUGUCUUUCAACAAUAUCCACAAAAACUCAUUAUCUCGCUGCUUCUCCAGCUAUGUUACGUAUUUCAGUUCCAAGUGCCUUUUGAUGUAACCCACAUAUUUCAAGAAAAACAUACUACUAUAAGAACGGGAAAAUAGGUCCCCAAAAAAUGAAAAAUUCUCAAACUCAAUAGUAGCAAUUGAAGAUGAGGAAAACAUAUGAAGGAGCAAACUUUUGGACCAAGGAAGAAGAAAUACCAACCCUUCCACAAGACCUCAUCAUUGAAAUUCUUGUAAGGUUACCUCUAAAAACCCUCUUGAAAUUCAGGUGUGUUUCGAAAUCAUGGCUUUCUUUACUCUCAAAUACUGAAUUCCACAAAACCCAUGUCAAUUUUUCUAUGAACAACCCCAAAAUGACUGAUUAUACACUUGCUGCAGUAGCCACAGUCUCUGGUUUGGGUAAAAUAUGCCGUGUUUAUACCAUAAGCUCUGAAAAUUCAUCUGUUACUGUGUCUAAACAUGGUUGCCCUCCGAAAUCUUUAUCUCUUUCAGCUUGGCUUUUGGGUUCUUGCAAUGGUUUAGUUUGCUUAACUACUGAUUCCUUUGAACUAAUGCUUUUGAACCCAUGUACGGGAAAGUUUAAUGUAUUUCCUGAUUCAAUUAUUCACUGUGAAGUUGGUGAUGGUGGUUAUUAUUUUAGAUAUGGAUUUGGUUAUGAUGCAUCUACUGAUGAUUAUAAGGUUGUCAAGAUCUUUAGUUUUCCUCAAAGUGGCGAGGGGAGACAUGUGAAUAUGGUUAACGUUUAUAGCUUAAAGGCUAAUUCUUGGUCAAAUAUUCAAGGUUUUAAUAGUGGUCAUAUAAAUGGAAAUGUGGGUGUUUUUGCAAAUGGAAUCCUUCAUUGGGAAGGAUGCCUUAAUUGUCAUAUUUCGGGUGCCUAUUCGGAGAUUGUUACUUUGAAUUUAGCUACAGAGAGAUAUGGAAAAAUAGGACUGCCUAGUUAUGAAGAUGGAGGUAUAAUUCAUUGGGCAUUAGGUGUUUCAAGAGGGUGUUUGGUUGCUUGUUGCAACUAUGAACUAAAUAGGGCAGAUAUGUGGGUGAUGAAGGAAUAUGGUGUCGAGAGAUCCUGGACCAAAUUGGUUGCCAUCUCAUCACCAGUUGAUCAUAGAGUUAAAAUUUCACCGUUAUUUGUGGCAGAGAAUGGUGAUGAGGUUCUGGUGAUGCUUGGUACAGAGAUAACACUAUACAAUUCAAGGAAUGCAUCAUUCAAGCGACUUGCUGAUUACGUAUCGGGUGAUUUUCUUCAAGUUCAAGUGGUCACCUACUUAGAGAGUCUUACUUCACCUCAUAUUUAGUGGCGUGAUGAUAGGUUACGCCCAAGGCCUCACACUAUUUAUACAUGGUUAAAAUUAAUUUUUAUCUGUAUAUAGUAGAUGUUGAACCCUUCUUCUUGUGUUGUUCACUUUUCAUAAUUUGAAUUCCUUGUUAAAAAUUCAGGCUCCGCCACUGUUACUUGCACCUCAAAGGCAAAGAAACAAGGGGCAAAAGAUCUCCCUGAUUGCUUGGCGUCGUCCAUAUUCUCAAAUUUGUUGAUAACUUGUGUCUUGUUAUUCCAUAGUUUUUCAUUUUUUCCUUAUCAUGUGAAUAUCACGCUCAGUUGGAGUUCUAUAUUUCUAAACAACUCAUAUCAUUCACCAUUGUCACCAAGUCUUUGGAAUCCACUAAAGAUCAAUGCCGAAUAGAAAAGAUUUGGGUAAUAAACAACUGCUUGGAUGCAUAUUAAAUAUAUACUGAUUAUAUCCUCGUUAGCUUCAUGAAAGUUCCUGGAGUAAUUUGAUUCAUUUUGAUACGUUGCUGAAUAACUAGAGGCGUGAACCAGUCUGUUCCUUCGAGGACAUCCAAUAGAAGAAUUUUGAAUAUAUGACUUGAGUUGGUAGCUUGUAAAAUAGACACAUAUUUGUUCAAGUGGUUUUAGGUUUAUUACUUGAGAUUUAAGCGCAAGUUCUCCCCGUGCAAGUUUUGGCAUGUUUUCCUUCCAGGAACUAGGGUCAUGCAUAUACCUGGUGCUCGUUAAGCACUCGCCCUCAUGGAUGAUUCACCUUGCACGCACACAGACAGAGAUACCUCCGUGUGUGUGUGUGUAUUUUGUAUGCGCGUGUGUGGCUGCAAUGGUUAUGUGUAUAUAUGCAUAUCUAUGUACAUGGUGUCCAUUGGCAUGCCCCUGUGUGAUGUGCGAGGGGGUUAAGGUUCCAGAUCCGUGUGUUUUAAAGGUGAAUUGAGCUGUUGAAGUUGCUUCAGAAAAAAUUGGCAAUUGGGCGUAGGUGAGUUGGACUUGACACUAGGGCUAUUUUGAAAAUGCUAACUGGACUUCAUCUACCGGUCGUUCCUCUCGCAUGGCAGCAUUUCUAGGGAUAAUAGUUAACAGCGGCAUUUCGGCGACGUUACCACACAGACUCACAAUAACACAGCCAUAAACUUUGAAAACAUGAACAAUUAAAAGGAAAUACAAAUAAAGAAGCUACUGGGCAGUUUAUUCAUCUGUUCUGCAUCAGUAGAGGCUAAUAACUACUCUGUUUGAGUGGAAGGAAGAUUGCUGGUUCAUUAUUGAUGCUGUGAAGUAGAUGUCCCUGAAGGUUGUGCUCUAGCUUACUGAAAAAACUUGUUUAGUUUCUUGUUAGUUCGUUUUGUUGUUUCAGCUUCUUGGCUAGCUUUCAUUUUACUCACAAGUUGGUGCAAUGGCCUGUAAAAUUUUUCUUGAAAUUGGUAAUUUAAGGAGUGGGACUUUACCUUGCCGAUUUU